CCCCGUUGCAGAAGGACGAGGUGUACCUGAACCUGGUGCUGGACUUCGUGCCCGAGACGGUGUACCGCGUGGCACGCCACUUCACCAAGGCCAAGCAGCCCAUCCCCGUCAUCUAUGUCAAGGUGUACAUGUACCAGCUCUUCCGCAGCCUGGCCUACAUCCAUUCCCAGGGGGUCUGUCACCGCGACAUCAAACCCCAGAACCUGCUGGUGGACCCCGACACCGCCGUGCUCAAGCUGUGCGACUUCGGCAGUGCCAAGCAGCUGGUGCAGGGCGAGCCCAACGUCUCCUACAUCUGCUCCCGCUAUUACCGCGCCCCUGAGCUCAUUUUCGGGGCCACCGACUACACAUCCAACAUAGAUAUCUGGUCAGCGGGCUGCGUCCUGGCUGAGCUGCUGCUGGGUCAGCCCAUCUUCCCUGGGGACAGCGGAGUGGACCAGCUGGUGGAAAUCAUCAAG